AGUCCAAGGCGCGAGGAAUUUGGUGACAGGCUCUGUUAGUCUGUUCCUCCCUUGAGGGCAGGCCAAAGAACCAGUUCGGAAAUGCGAGAGGAAGACUAGUGGGCAGCCUUGGCUCCAUCCAUUGAUCCCUGUCAGAGGCACGGAAACAGGAUUCAUGAAGAUGUUGACAAGACUCCAAAUACUUACCCUAGUGCUAUUUUCAAGGGGAUUUUUUCUCUCUCUAGGGGACCAUAACUUUAUGAGAAAGGAAAUUAAAAUAGAAGGCGACCUGGUUUUAGGGGGCCUAUUUCCUAUUAAUGAAAAAGGCACUGGAACUGAAGAAUGUGGGCGAAUCAAUGAAGACCGUGGUAUCCAACGCCUGGAAGCUAUGUUGUUCGCUAUUGAUGAAAUCAACAAGGACAACUACUUGUUGCCAGGAGUGAAGUUGGGGGUUCACAUUUUGGAUACAUGUUCAAGGGAUACCUAUGCAUUAGAGCAAUCUCUGGAAUUUGUCAGGGCAUCUUUGACGAAAGUGGAUGAAGCUGAAUACAUGUGUCCUGAUGGAUCCUACGCCAUCCAAGAAAAUAUGCCACUACUCAUUGCCGGAGUCAUCGGUGGCUCUUACAGCAGUGUUUCCAUCCAGGUGGCAAACCUGCUCCGGCUCUUCCAGAUCCCGCAGAUAAGCUACGCGUCCACCAGUGCCAAGCUCAGCGACAAGUCUCGCUAUGAUUACUUUGCUAGGACCGUGCCCCCCGACUUCUACCAGGCCAAGGCCAUGGCCGAGAUCCUGCGAUUCUUCAAUUGGACCUACGUGUCCACCGUGGCCUCUGAGGGGGACUACGGGGAAACCGGCAUCGAAGCCUUCGAGCAGGAAGCCCGCGUGCGCAACAUCUGCAUCGCCACGGCCGAGAAGGUGGGCCGCUCCAACAUCCGCAAGUCCUACGACAGCGUCAUCCGGGAGCUGCUACAGAAGCCCAACGCGCGGGUCGUGGUCCUCUUCAUGCGGGGCGACGACUCCCGUGAGCUCAUCGCCGCCGCCAGCCGCGCCAACGCCUCCUUCACCUGGGUGGCCAGCGACGGCUGGGGCGCGCAGGAGAGCAUCGUCAAGGGCAGUGAGCACGUGGCCUACGGCGCCAUCACCCUGGAGCUGGCCUCGCAGCCCGUCCGCCAGUUCGACCGCUACUUCCAGGGGCUCAACCCCGCCAGUAACCACCGCAACCCCUGGUUCCAGGACUUCUGGGAGCAGAAGUUCCAGUGCAGCCUGCAGAACAAGCACAGCCACCGGCGGCCCUGCGACAAGCACCUGGCCAUCGACAGCAGCAACUACGAGCAGGAAUCCAAGAUCAUGUUUGUGGUGAACGCGGUGUAUGCCAUGGCCCACGCCCUGCACAAAAUGCAACGCGCCCUCUGUCCCAACACCACCAAGCUCUGUGACGCCAUGAAGCUCCUCGAUGGGAGGAAGUUGUACAAAGAGUACUUGCUGAAAAUCAACUUCACAGCUCCAUUCAACCCAGAUAAAGGUGCGGACAGCAUCGUCAAGUUUGACAGUUUUGGAGAUGGAAUGGGUCGAUACAACGUGUUCAAUUUUCAGUAUGUGAGCGGCAAGUAUUCCUACUUGAAGGUCGGUCACUGGGCAGAAAGCCUUUCACUAGAUGCCGACGCCAUCCACUGGUCCCGGAACUCAGUCCCCACCUCGCAGUGCAGCGACCCCUGUGCCCCCAAUGAAAUGAAGAACAUGCAACCAGGGGACGUCUGCUGCUGGAUCUGCAUCCCCUGCGAGCCCUACGAAUACCUGGCUGACGAAUUUACCUGUAUGGAUUGUGGUCCUGGCCAGUGGCCCACCACUGACCUCUCUGGCUGCUUUGACCUCCCCGAGGACUACAUCAAGUGGGAAGAUGCCUGGGCCAUUGGUCCAGUCUCCAUCGCUUGCCUGGGUUUUGUGUGCACAUGCAUGGUUGUGACUGUUUUUAUCAAGCACAACAACACACCUUUGGUCAAAGCAUCGGGCCGGGAGCUCUGCUACAUCUUGUUGUUUGGAGUUGGGCUGUCAUAUUGCAUGACAUUCUUCUUCAUUGCGAAGCCAUCCCCAGUCAUCUGCGCACUGCGCCGACUAGGGCUCGGGACCUCCUUCGCUGUCUGCUACUCAGCCCUGCUCACCAAGACCAACUGCAUUGCCCGCAUCUUUGAUGGGGUCAAGAAUGGCGCUCAGAGGCCAAAAUUCAUCAGCCCCAGUUCGCAGGUUUUCAUCUGUCUGGGUCUGAUCCUGGUGCAAAUUGUGGGCGUGUCUGUGUGGCUCCUUCUGGAGGCUCCGGGUACCAGAAGACACACCCUUGCGGAGAAACGGGAAAGAGUCAUCUUAAAGUGCAAUGUCAAAGAUUCCAGCAUGUUGAUCUCCCUUAGUUACGACGUGCUCCUGGUGAUCCUAUGCACUGUGUAUGCCUUCAAAACGCGGAAGUGCCCCGAAAAUUUCAACGAAGCCAAGUUCAUUGGUUUUACCAUGUAUACCACAUGCAUCAUCUGGUUGGCCUUCCUCCCUAUAUUUUAUGUGACAUCAAGUGACUACAGAGUGCAGACGACAACCAUGUGCAUAUCCGUGAGCCUGAGUGGCUUCGUGGUUCUGGGCUGUUUGUUUGCACCCAAGGUGCAUAUCAUCCUGUUCCAACCCCAGAAAAAUGUGGUCACACACAGGCUGCACCUCAACAGGUUCAGUGUCAGUGGAACUGGGACUCCGUAUUCUCAGUCUUUAGAAACAAAGAGGCUUUCCCGAGCUGAUUCCCAAGUCCAGGCAAGCAAGAACGUAUGCUGGGAAUCCUCCGCCAGCACGUAUGUCCCAACAGUAUGCAACGGGCGGGAAGUCCUCGACUCCACCACCUCAUCCCUGUGAUUGUGAAUGGCAGUUCAGUUAUUGUGUGUUUAGACUGUUAGACAAACAUCACGUGCAGCUCCAGAAAACGAAACAGAGCAAAUGAACAACCCUGGUACCUUUUUUUAGAAACAGUAAUAAAUUAUUUUUGAGGACUGUACAGUAGUGAUAUGCUAGGCAUUUUUAGACUGAUUUGAGUGCCCCUAUUAUUAACAAUCCCCCAGUUACAUGGAAAUAACCAUUGCUUACAGAGGUGAGCAGUGGUAACAGGGUCUGACAGGGUCAGGCUACUAAAAAAUAUGGUGGCAAUAUUAGGUAACUUUUUUCCUAUAAAGUUUUUGUAGGUCCUUGUUGUAACUAAUUUAGGAUGCGUUUCUAUAUUGUAUAUUAAAGUUACUUUAUGUGUAACAGAUUGUUUUUCUCAGCCCAAAAUUUAAAAAGCAUCUGUAUUAAUAUAUUGACAAUAAAACCUUCAAGGUUUUCUGGCA